CACUUUUAAAAACAUUUUUACCUGAAUAUAUCCCAAAAUUUUCGUUAUAUUGUAUUGAUUUUAUACGUUUUUAUAUCUUGACUUAUUUUUAAUUUUUAUCAAAUUAAGAUACCUCAGAAUGCACAAACAGCAUAUGGACCACCUCACUCCCUACGAUGUCAUGCAAAUUCAGAACUGCAAGACAUUUGUAUUCCGUAAGGGUGAAUUAUAUCCCAGCAUUAUACCUCCAGUGUCUCGGUAUAAUUCUGAUCUCACAGCCGAAUGGCUCUCAAACGCGAUCAACGAUUCCGGCUGUGGACCCGUUGAGCCUCGAGCAUUACAAAAAUUGCAACAAAGUCGAAAUGACAAAAUAAAUAAUCAAAUGACCCACGAUUAUGGCCAGCACUCCACCGAAGAUAUGAUGCGAAUGCUCAAAUACAAGGCAGCCAACUUUCAGCAAUGGGAGAAUUAUCCCAGUAUCAGGCCUCCAAUAUCUCCGUGUAGUCCUGAGAUGUUGGAUGGGAAUGUUGGGGACUAUGACAGUCAGCGGCUAUUUGACAUGGAACAGGAUGAUAUCAUGGAGGUAUGGAGGCAAAGCCCCAAUAAGGAUACGUUGGGCUAUUACGGCAUAGGCUCAGACGUUCACAAACCGGAAGCGGUCGACUUUAAUCAGGUGAUUGAAAAAUGCCUAAAUAAGGUUAACCCCCAGCUGGCCAAGGAAAAGUCAAAGACCAAAACUACGCCACUUGCGCAACCGAUGGAACCUCAAGGAACAUAUGUACUUAAUCGUCAGAUGCUUAAAUCUAAAAUUGAUAAAAUGAUCCCUGUGCAUGAGACACUUAGUGCAAGCAAAGCACUCGACUGGGUGCAUUGUGCCCAUCCAUUUGGAGGCAAGCUGCUACCGUUCCAAAGUGAGCCGAAGAUCGGUCUUAAAGCCGCCCUCGACAUGGAGCGACCAUCCCCGAAGGCAAAGUCCGAGUUAAGACGCAGACGCAAGCAUUGCCGAGAUAUUGCUGCAAACCAAUGCACAGAAUUCCAACGGAGACGAGAUCCAAGUCCAUAUGAAUUGGCGUACCAAAGGGAGAUGGAACAGUUGGAGAAGGAAAUCGAAGCAGAGCCGAAGAAUUACGAUCAGCUGUACUCGCAGCUAAUCACAUGCUUUGAAAAGAAUACCUACAAAGACCCCAUUUCUGAAGCAUACAAGUGCUGCCAGCAAUCUUCAGAGGUUGAGGAUGGGGGCGAUGCUGAUGGUGCUGGUGCUGGUGCGGCCGGUGACGGUAGAGCUAGUCGAGUUGUAGAUCGUCGUUCUAAUAAGACAGCUGAAAAGGGAGCUGGUUAUGGCACUGGUGCAGGUGGAGGGGCAGGAGAUGGUGCAGGUGGAGGAGCAGGAGAAGAUGAUGCAGGUGGAGGAGCAGGAGAUGGUGCAGUUGAAGGGACUAAGCCAUCUAUAACUAAAGCUAGUAAACAGCCGAGAAAAUCGGCUAGAAAAUCAGGCAAAAGCAUAGCUGAAGGCAAACAAAAUGGCACUUCCUUAAAAAAGCCAGUCCAACCAUUUCGCUAUAGUUCCUUGUCUGAGAGUUCACCUAAUCCAUCUAGUUCGUUCGAUAGACCAAGCGGCCCAGAGCCCUCCCAAAUGUCUUGGCAAAAAAAAGACGAACAUUCUGAAUCGAAAAUGCGCUUUAAACGCAAGAAGGGCAGGAAAGCCAAAAAACUAAGCGGCCAUUCAGGAAAUGACACUAAUGUACCGAAUAAGGAUUGCCAUUGUGAAGUUUGCAAGUUUCUGGAUCGUCGAGAGAGUGAGCCAGAUUCCCCGCUCAUCCUCCAAAUGAAAGAGGAAGAGAAUCGACGCGCGCGCUGGGAAUACUUUCAUCGCAUGCGCCAAGAGCAAAUGAUGUGCUGUGAGCCGGAGUAUCGCGCCCCUCAGCGCAAGUGCGGCCCUAUAACAUGCGACAAUAGCUUUUGCUGUAAUCGCAAUUUGAGUGAGUCUCUUGACCGUUUAGCAGCAUUGCAAGAGCUGCAAAAGUUGAUUGCUCCCAAGUACGGGAAUAUGGAUCAUGAGGUUCUCGACAAAUUGAAGUUUCUCAGAAAUCGUAUAUGCCAACAAAUGUGCGACUGUCUAUCGAUGCAGAGGACUAAGCGAAAUAUUUGGCAUUCAGACACUUUUGGUACAUUUCACAACUCUUGACAACGUUAUUUUAUAUUAACAAUGUAUUUUAUAAGACUUCUUUUUGAUAAAAGCAACUUGGCAUGCUAAGAUUUGGUGUAAUAUGGCCUUUGAAUAAAAUUCAUUAUGCAAUGCCUA